AUGCCACCCACCCUGUUUCAGAAACUCUUCAACAAGAAGUACGGGCUGAUUUCCCCUGCCCGGGACUCCAGGGAGGAGUGUGUCUUCAGCUGGCCUUUGCCGGAGUUUGACCCAAGUCAGAUCCGACUGAUUGUGUAUGAGGACUGUGAAAGAAGAGGGCGAACUGUCUUAUUUGACUCCAGCUCUAAAAGAAAAACCGAGGACGUAUCCGUGUCGAAACUCUGUAGUGAUGCUCAGGUGAGAGUCUUUGGGAAAUGUUGCCAACUGAAGCCUGGAGGAGACAGUUCCUCUUCAUUGGACAGUUCCAUCAAUUCAUCCUCCUCGUCUUCCGAUACGAAAGAACAAUGCCCAAAAUACCAGGGUUCUCGAUGCUCCUCUGAUGCCAAUAUGCUCGGGGAGAUGAUGUUUGGCUCUGUGGCCAUGAGCUACAAGGGUUCUACAUUGAAAAUUCACCAGAUCCGCUCCCCUCCUCAGCUCAUGCUUAGCAAGGUUUUUACAGCUCGAACUGGAAGUAGCAUCUAUGGAAGUCUAAACACGUUGCAGGACAGUCUUGAGUUCAUUAAUCAGGACAGUAAUACAUUAAAGCCAGACCAUAGUACAAUUAUGAAUGGACUCCUUGGAAACAUAGGUCUUUCACAGCUUUGCAGCCCUAGGCGAGCGUUCUCUGAACAAGGUCCGCUCCGCCUGAUCCGGAGCGCCUCUUUCUUUGCAGUUCACAGCAACCCUAUGGACAUGCCUGGGAGGGAGCAGAAUGAGGAUAGAGACAGCGGCAUAGCAAGAUCUGCAUCUCUUAGCAGCCUGCUCAUCACUCCAUUUCCCUCCCCGGGCUCUUCACUUACCAGAAGCUGUGCCAGCAGUUACCAAAGACGCUGGCGUCGCAGUCAGACCACAAGCUUGGAGAAUGGGGUCUUCCCUAGAUGGUCCAUAGAGGAAAGUUUUAAUUUGUCAGAUGACAGCUCUGGUCCCAGCCCGGGAAUUGUUAGGAAAAAGAAGAUCGCAAUUGGUGUGAUAUUUUCACUCUCCAAGGAUGAAGAUGAAAAUAAUAAAUUUCAUGAGUUCUUUUUCUCACAUUUCCCUCUUUUCGAGAGUCACAUGAACAAACUGAAGAGUGCAAUAGAACAGGCUAUGAAAAUGAGCCGUAGAUCAGCUGAUGCCAGUCAGCGGAGCUUGGCAUAUAACAGAAUUGUAGACGCCCUAAAUGAAUUCAGAACAACUAUUUGCAAUCUCUAUACCAUGCCACGUAUUGGCGAACCUGUCUGGCUUACCAUGAUGUCGGGGAUCCCAGAAAAGAACCAGCUGUGCCAUCGCUUCAUGAAGGAGUUCACUUUCUUAAUGGAAAAUGCCUCCAAAAAUCAAUUUUUACCAGCCCUUCUGACUGCAAUUCUGACUAACCACCUGGCCUGGGUCCCGACAGUCAUGCCAAAUGGACAGCCACCUAUAAAAAUCUUCCUGGAAAAGCAUUCCUCCCAGAGUGUGGACAUGUUGGCCAAGACUCAUCCAUACAACCCACUGUGGGCACAACUAGGAGACUUGUAUGGGGCUAUUGGAUCACCUGUGAGAUUAGCAAAAACAGUGGUGGUUGGGAAAAGACAAGAUCUAGUCCAGAGAUUGCUUUAUUUCCUCACUUACUUCAUAAGAUGCUCUGAACUACAAGAGACGCAUCUUCUAGAAAAUGGGGAAGAUGAAGCCAUAGUAAUGCCGGGAACAGUUAUUACUACUACGCUGGAAAAAGGAGAGGUAGAGGAAUCUGAAUAUGUGCUCAUAACAAUCCACAGGAACAGAAGCAAUUUGCUAUCUAGAGAGUCUGAAGAAAUGAGAACUCCUAACUGUAGCUGUAAAUAUUGCAAGUGUCCACUUCUUCUUGGGCAAAAUACAGAGGGUGUUUCGCAUCAAGAGAGAGAAUAUGCCCAAAAUGCCUCUAAGGUGGAGCUGGAGACUUCUUCAGAUGAGAGCAGGACAACUUCUGCUGCUGACUGCCAAGAAAAUGCUGAUGACAUUAAGCAGUGCAAGGAUAAAUUGACAUCUUGUCUGGACACCAAAUUGGAGACCGUAAUCUGCACAGGGUCAGCGUCAGUGGAAAAAUGUGCAAUGGCAGAGUCGGGAUUAGAGCCAACAGCAGGAACGUGGAGGACUGAGGAGUCACUGGAGUCUGGUAACCAGGCCAUCAGAGUAACAAGAUCAACAGGUAUAGCAGUGGAAAAGAAGCCUCCGGAUAAGCUCUUGUCUGAUGCAUUUCCUUGUAGUACUGCUGAGGCUCAGACAAAGGUGACUUUCCUGAUUGGAGAUUCCAUGUCUCCUGAUUCAGAUAUUGAACUCCGAAGUCAAGCAGUCGUGGAACAAAUUGCUAGGCAUCACAACCAAGCAGCAAUGGAGGAAGGAGUGAGUGCUGCUCAGAACUGUGAAGCAAAACAAACUGUUGAGGACCAAAAUAGAGACUGUGGGACAGCUGAACCGUUCCCUCGAGUUGCCAGCGAGCACCAGAAUUGGAAUCCGAAUCCUUACAAUGCAGAGAGCAUGAGUUUGUUUGAUGAGUAUUUUACGGAUGAUGGUUCGAUUGAAACCAGGACUAUUGAUGAUAUUCCAGUGCAAGCAACUAUAGAGGUUCUAGAUCACGGCAGUAGUUUAGAACUUUCUAAAAAAUUAGGUACAACGAACAGCAAACUACCCAGUGAAUUUUGUAAGUUUAUGGAAUCUGUUCGCCAGGAGACAUGCAAAAACUGUUUUGCUGAGCAGGACCAAAGAGACAAAAUCUCUAUUUGUGUCCCCCAUGGGGAUAAAGAGAAUUCAGAGAAAAAAGUUGCCCCAGGAUCUGAUUGGGACAUUCCAAGAAAUGAGAGCUCAGAUAGUGCUCUUGGUGACAGUGAAAGUGAAGAUACAGGUCAUGAUCUAACCAGACAAAACAGUAACUACUACGUAGGAGAGCACGAAGAUUGGACAGAAGAAGAUGAGAUCCCUUUUCCUGGGUCAAAAUUAGUUGAAGUGAACUCUAUCCAGCCCAGUAUUGCCAAUUUUGGAAGGUCCUUGCUAGGUGGCUACUGUUCAUCUUGCGUACCUGACUUUGUUUUGCAAGGAGUAGGAAAUGAUGAAAAACUGAGACACUGUUUGGUGUCGGAUUUGUCGCAUGCGGUGCAGCAUCCUGUUUUGGAUGAACCAAUUGCAGAGGCUGUUUGCAUUAUCGCAGACACGGAUAAAUGGACAGUGCAAGUGGCCAGUAGCCAAAGGCGAAUGAUUGAUAAUAAACUAGGAAAAGAGGUGUUAGUCUCUAGCCUUGUCUCCAACCUGCUUCAUUCCACUCUUCAGCUUUACAAGCAUAAUUUAUCUCCAAAUUUUUGUGUUAUGCACCUGGAAGAUCGGCUGCAAGAGCUGUAUUUCAAAAGCAAGAUGCUGUCUGAAUACCUCAAGGGCCAGAUGCGAGUUCAUGUCAAGGAGCUGGGCGUGGUACUGGGGAUUGAAUCCAGCGACCUCCCUUUACUGGCAGCCGUAGCAAGCACUCACUCUCCAUAUGUUGCCCAGAUACUACUUUAAAAUGCUGAAGGGCAUAGAGAUGAACUUUUUUUUUUUUUCCUGGAAAUGAAAUGGAAGACAAGGAGACAGACAUGAAACACACUUGUCCUGGUUCCUUUUCGCUGGAGGCAACUGAACUGAACAGCUUGCUGAGCUGUCUGGGUCUCCGUCACUGACUGCAUAUUAUACAAACAAUUGGAGAGUUCUUUUUCCCCCCUCUCCCAUUUGGCCAUUCAUAAAAAAGAAUGUAAACUAUAAUCGUAAUUGAAAAGCCCGAGUUUGAGGUUACUGAAGAAAACUCAAGAUUUUAGAAAAAGCUGAAGAACUGCAAAUGGUUUGGGCAAUUUCUGCAAGGAGGCUAAUUAUGUACGAUGAAAAACAGGGAAUGCAAGGAAGAACUGCUUUGUAAUAAUGUACAGUGCUUUUGCUGAUUGUAAACUUUAACAGGAGAAGAAAGCAGCUGUCUUGAGACUGGCUGAUACCUCUUAGGAGUGUGUUAAGAUCUUUAACUCUCAAACUGCCGUGAUUUGUAACAACUUCUACUUUUUCACUAAAUAGUCAAAUUGUGGAUAUUUCUCAAAGGAAAAAUGAUUUUUGUAAGCAGCUUACUAAUGACACUCAGCUAAAAAUGUAUUUGUACUCUUUUUUUCAAGGGGGGGCGUAGCCAACAAACAAACUGGCAAACGAGACUCUAUUUCCCCUUUCUUGGCUUGGUGUUGUAACAGGUAUUCAAAGGCUAUAAUGUUUAAAUGUUGCUUUAUGGUGAUACUUUUGUUUCAUGACUUACAAAAAAAUAGAAGAAAUGCAAUUUUGAAACAAAACAAAACAAAACAAACGCUAAAGAGAGAAUGUUGAUUGAAAUUUCCCUGUGGUAUCCCAAAAAUGCCAUGACUAUUACCUCUAAUAUUUUUACAGUCUAUAAUAU